CAUUGUAACAGGAUUUCAACCAUACAAAGAUGAGCCAGUCACACGCAAAGCCAGCGCUCGCCGAUCUCGAAGCCAUCGAGAAGGACAUCCUCGCGUCCAUGCGCGCGGCGAGCAGUGCGAUCGCACACUUGGCUGCAGAGACAGCCGAUGCGGAUGGGUUUGAGCGCAGCGUCGCGGAAGUGUUUUCAACCAUCAAGGCCGUGCAAACAAGCUUGCCGCCACAUUUCCAUGAAAUUGCGCAAAUCCAACGGCUGCCGUUUGAGAAUUCGAGCUAUGGUGCAAAGCUGGACUGUGAGCUGGCAACGCAACGCCAUGCUAUUGCUCUGCAGCAUGCUGAGAAGCUCGUGCAGCUGGCCACCGUUUCAGGCGAGCUUUGAGGGAAUCUGCUUUCGCUCCCGCUUCACUCGCAGACCACCAAAGCCAACGAACGACAACACACUACCAAGAUUAAACCUCUAGCGGCGUCUACACUCCGUCGAAUCUCGCGUCGCAGCGAUGCGAAAGGCAAGAAGAAGAAGAAGAACAAGAAGAAGCACGUUAAAGAGGAAGGAUUCGGCUUUGUCCGAACAG